AAACUGUCAAAUGUCAUAAAACAAACCCCAAAGGUUAUGUGCAGCGUCCAGCCGAUGUUUUGAUGAAUUAAAACCGAAUUAAAAUCAACAAAACCCACAAAAAUCAUCAAAAAACACCUCGCAUCAAUAAACAAAGUUAAAACUGAAUCACACAAUGAAAACCCGAAACAAAUCCAAACUAAACAAAACCAAGUGGAAAAAAUCCACGGCAAUGCCUCACCAUCGCCUCGAAGACAAAAACGACCUUCUCAAAAACACCAAAGGCCACAUCCCGGACGUAUUAUACACCGACAACGGCACCGUAUUCUACCCAUGCAAGAACUGCUGUCGAGCAUUCGCCCAGAAGACCGAUCUACUCAAACAUCAAGUGUUUUGCUUCAAUCCAGUCACACCAGUUCAACAAUCAACACCAACACUACCAUUAAACUCCGUGGAGAAUACCAUGGACUCCAAUGAAAAAACCACCAAAUCUCCAUCAGCAUCAGCAUCAGCAUCAGAAUUAAACAACAACUACAAUGAACAUGGAGUGGAAGUACUUGAACUAGACUUUCAAAUUGAUAAUAAGUCAAAAUCCACAAUAAAAACAAAAGUAGAAGAGAAAACAUUAAAAGUAGACACAAUUCCACAUGGUAUAAACUCAUUCGACUUGAAAACAAAAGCGAAAAUUGUUAAAACAUUAAACAAUUCACUGGAAAAUAAUGGAUUUACUGUUUUUGUGAUGAAUAACGGCGAUAUCGUCACGAAAAUGUACGCUACCAAUGAUUAUCCACAACUGGAAUUCAUCACACGUUUAACCACUGAUAAAGAAACAAACGUAGAAAAGGUACACAUCACUCUAAAACGUUCCCAGAGUGAUUCUCCUGAUACCCUACCCAAGGAAAUGAAUGAUUUACCAGAAAUACCAAAAUUACUCGAGAAAAUCUUCGGUCAAGACGAGUUAUUCACAAGAUUAAACCAACAAAACGAAGAAAACGACGUUAAACAAGCCUCGGAUGAGAUAUUAAUGCACAUUGAUGAGGAACACUUCCCCACUGAUGAUCAAGUGAUGUCCAUGGCAGGCAGGGAUGGAACUAUUGUCUUAGAAGAUUUGGAUAUUCAUAUAUGUAAGCAAUGUGGGGCUGUGUAUCACACAUUGAGUGACCUGGUGCUGCAUGAUAAGUAUGACCAUCGGAAGAUUAAGAAAAAGUUCUCGUUGGAAGAGGUGGAAAGGUUUGGGGUUGCGUUUAAGAAUAGCGUGGAUAAUGAGUGUCCGAUUUGUUUUAAGAAGUUGAAGGGUAAAGGUAGUUGGCCAAGACAUGCACAGUCGCAUAGUGAGGUGGGGAUGUUUCAGUGUGCGGUGUGUAAGAAGAGGUUCACGAGGGAUGAUCAUAGGAAGAAUCAUGAGAGUAGGCAUGUGAUUUGUGUGGAUUAGUGGAUUGAUGAUUUAGUGGAGUUGGAGUUAUGGGUGCAAUAUGAGGGUUUUUAGGUUUUUGAUGAAUUUUUGGUGAAGAAUUGGUUGGUUUUUGGUUUAAUUUUGUU